AUGCGGACCCACGAUCUCCACCAGACGGAGAAGAAGCUGGUCCAGGCCUUCCGCGCUCCGGCUCGAGCCUUGAACCCGUUCGUAAUCACCGAGCGCCAGGACGAAAAACCCCUGUGUAUCUCCUCAAGAAAGUUGCAGGUCAAUGAUUUUGCUCUUUUGAAGACUCUUGGCACUGGUACUUUCGCCCGAGUAUGGCUCGCAAGAUUGAAGGACCAGAAGGACAAGAAUAAAGUCUACGCAUUGAAGAUACUUCGCAAAGCCGAUGUCAUCAAGCUGAAACAGGUGGAACAUGUACGCAACGAGCGCAAGACUCUUGCGGCGGUUGUCGACCACCCUUUUAUCACAACCUUGGUGGCAUCCUUUUCGGAUGAACAAAAUCUUUAUAUGUUGUUGGAAUUUUGCCCCGGAGGCGAGAUUUUUACUUAUCUCCGACGAUCACGCCGGUUCAACGAAGAGACAUCGAGGAUUUAUGCCGCCGAAAUAACCAUGACGAUCGAAUUCCUGCAUGAUGUUCAUGGUGUCGCUUACCGCGACUUGAAGCCAGAGAACAUUCUCCUUGACGUGGACGGCCAUAUCAAACUCGUGGACUUUGGCUUUGCAAAGCAAGUGGACAAUCGCGAGACAUAUACUCUGUGUGGAACCCCCGAAUAUCUAGCCCCGGAAGUCAUUCAUAACAGUGGACAUGGACUUGCAGUGGACUGGUGGGCUCUGGGGAUCCUAAUCUACGAAUUCUUGGUGGGACAGCCUCCAUUCUGGGAUCAAAAUCCUAUGCGCAUCUAUGAACAAAUUGUGGAAGGCCGACUACGUUUCCCACCAAAUAUGCCACCAGCAGCUCAGAAUAUCGUCUCCCUACUGUGCAAAACAAACCCCUCGGAACGACUGGGGCAUAUCUCUGGUGGCUCAACGCGCGUGAAAUCCCACCCGUUCUUCGCAGGUGUUGCAUGGGAUGAUCUCUUCUACAAACGUGUCAAGGGACCGAUUAUUCCCCGAGUAUCUCACGCCGCCGACGCCGGUAACUUCGAAGAUUACCCAGACAUCGAUACAAAAAACCAAAAUAUCUACACUGAAGACCUGAAGAAGAAAUUCGAGCCUCUGUUCAGUGAUUUCUGA